AUGACAACACAAAUUCAGAAUCUUCAAUCCUUCGAUCCGUUCGCGGAAGCCGAAGACUCGGUUGGCGACGUCAAGACUACUAGUCAAAACUACAUCCACAUUCGUAUCCAGCAACGCAAUGGUCGUAAGACCCUGACCACGGUGCAAGGUCUCCCCAAGAAAUUCGAUCAGAAGAAGAUCCUCAAGGUCAUCAAGAAGAAGUUUGCCUGCAAUGGCACUGUCGUUGCCGACUCCGAGAUGGGCGAGGUGAUCCAGCUCCAGGGCGACCAGCGCAAGGAUGUCCAGGAGUUCUUGACCGAUAAGAAGGAGGGGCUGGGUUUGGAUGUGAAGACCAUCAAGGUCCACGGUUUCUAA